AUGUGUCCUGAUUUACCUGUUAACAAAAUUGAUACAUCGACCUCAAGUAUUAGCCGCUCGGAAGAAAAUAGGUCUGAGGAUCAGACGCUUGCGAAUUUGAAUAAUACACAGGUUUUUUUACAAACUCUGCGAGUAAACAUAAGAAGUGCACAUGGUACUAAACAAGUAAGGGCACUUAUUGACACUGGAUCGCAGAGAACAUAUAUUUUACAGCGUACCGCACAAGAAAUGGGUUUUUCUGCUAAAGGAACGGAAAAUAUCGUACAUACGUUAUUUGGCGGUAAAAGUACUUCUGAACAACGACAUAAAUUAUACAAAGUAACUGCGAGUGAAGGAGCUUACUCUUGUUCAUUUGAUGCCUUAGAUCAACCAAAAAUUUGUGCAGAUGUCUCUCCUGUUUAUCACGCCCCUUGGGUUGAGGAACUUAGUGACAUGAAUAUUUCGCUCAGCGAUGUCGGACAUAUAGCACCAAUUGAGAUUUUGUUAGGAGCUGAUGUUGUAGGCAAAUUGUAUACAGGGAGGAAAUAUCAGUUACAGUGUGGUCUUGUAGCAGUUGAAACUUUGUUAGGUUGGACUCUUAUGGGCAAGGUGCCGGCGGUUGCUUCUAAUUUCAGCACAUCUAUGAUGUCGAUUGCGUUGUUUGUUGAUAGUUCUUCUGUGGUGAAACUCUGGGAGCUUAAUAUUAUUGGGAUAACCGAUCCUGUAGAAAAAUUGGCACGAGAGGUGGCGGCCAAGGAGGCUAAGAAUUUUUUCUAUGAGACUAUCCGAUGUGACAACGAAGGUAGGUAUGAGGUUAUGUUACCUUGGUUGAACAAGCAUCCUUUAAUUUCAGAUAAUUUAGUUGUCGCUAGAAGAAGGUUAGAUACUACUUUAAAUAAGUUGAAAAAAUCCAAUUUGUUUGAAUCGUAUAAUUUAAUAUUCAAUGAGUGGUUGAACGAGGGUGUGAUCGAAAUAGUAAAUAAUCCGGAAGAGAAUAAUUGUGUGCACUAUUUGCCUCACAGGCCCGUUAUUAAAAAUACUAGCGAAACCACGAAAAUUAGGCCAGUCUUUGAUGCAUCAUCUCAUGAACAGGGUCGUCCUUCUUUGAACCAGUGUUUAGAGGUAGGGCCUAAUCUUAUUGAACUUAUUCCUUCUGUGUUAUUACGGUUCAGACAACAAAUAAUAGGUGUUGUGUCGGAUAUUCGAAAGGCUUUUCUUCAAAUUUCUGUACAUUCGAAGGACAGAGAUUUUUUGAGGUUCCUAUGGGUAAACAAUGAAGGAAAGGAAUUUGUAUUUCGACAUAGGAGAGUUGUUUUUGGAGUCAACUGUAGUCCAUUUCUUCUGGGUGCUACUAUAGAAUUUCAUUUGAUAAAGGCGCUGGAGAAGUGUUGUAAUGAUAUGCCGUAG